UUUUUUUUUUGCCUGUCUCUCUCCAUGCACGUAUGCAUUUGGAUAUCUCUUCUCUGUCUAUCCAUGGCUUCUAGAGGCGCACAGUCUCUUAACUCACCGCCAAAUGUUCACCCAACUUGCUAAAAAUCCUCAACUAUAAGAAGAGCCCUUCUUUUCCUACAUUCUCCAACACCAAACCAACUUCAGCAAGAGCAAUCUUCUCCUCUCUUACUCUCUCUCUGUUUGUGUAACAUUUCUCUGAUAAUGGCUGACACAACCCGUUCUUCAUUUCUGCCUCUCAUCUCCAUUCUUGUUGUCCUUCUUGCAAUAACAGGGCAAGCAGUGGCAGGACGAAGUGUCCCAACCAAAGAUGACAAGAAACAACCUGAGUGGUUUAUUGGCCAUGAUGGCAGCUAUCUCAUUCCAGGCAUUGGGCGUGUGAUAUUCCCACCACUGCAUAAUGUUGUACCUCAGACUCCAUUCCCCGACAACGGCAGCACCGGCAGCACCGGCAGCACAGGCAGCACCGGUGGAAGUGGAAGUGGAGAAGCGCCAAGUACUGGUCAUGACUAUGUUCCCGGUGGCGACGAUACAUUCGUCCCAAACCCGGGUUAUGAGGUUCCAACCCCUGGCAAUGGUGCUGGGAAUGCCCCAGCAACCCCCACCAGUCCCUGAAUUUGUUUGAGCAUGAGGAGCUUUGAAUAAGUAUGCUAGAUCACGGUCUGUAUCAUUCAACUAGCUAGUGUGUUAGAUUUAUGUGUUUCUGUUUUUCUGUCUUUGGUUUUGUUUGGGCUAAGAGAGCUCGAUAGGUGUGUAUCUCACUUGGCAUUGCAGUGAGAGACCAGGGCGGUGCUUUCUGGCUUUGAAAUAAAGCAGCUUUUGCUAAAGUGCUUUCGUUGUUUAAUUAGAAUCACUGAAUUAUCAGUAGCGUUUAUUUCAGUACUUGC